GAGCCACGCGAGUGCGCGGAGAAGAUCCUCCAACGAGACCGGGACGGUAGCGCGAGCCCUCGAGGGCGUAGGGAAUCGACUCUCGGGAGGGGGGCUCGGACGUCUCGCGAUAACUCGCGCUUCGAGGAAGAUCCGAAAGCGGAAGGUCGGUCUCGGAAUUACAAAAUUGCCCUUUAUUUCCGGCCCCGUUAUCCCGAUAACCCGCCGACCGAUAAGGCGACGAAAGGGUGAAGAGACAGGACUUCCAAGGAGCGCCGACGGCCGAGAUACGGCCGCGAUACGGCCGACAUACGGCCGUCAUACGGCCGAGAUACGGCCGCGAGGAAACGAGAGGAUACGAUAACGCCGAAAUUCAAAUUCCUCCGACGUCCGAGUAUUCUUCGAGAGUGGACGCGACGCGAGACGCCUUCCGAGAAGAAGAGAAAAAUGUUCGAUCUCGUUCGUUCCUCGGGAAUCGUCGCGCGGCCGACGACGACGACCCACUGAACCGCGAACUUUCGCACUUGGGCCCUUCGGAAGGCACUUCGCAAGGCCCCAGAAGGGGAAAUCGCGAGAUCCGUCGGGGGCGAUGGAGCCUCGUCGCGACGACGGCGCGUCGUCGGCGAAGGAGGCCGGGCCGUCGAGGGGGACGAGCUCCUUGGACGACGCCGUAGGGAAACUUCUUCAAGGAUACGACUGGACUCUGCUCCCGGUUACCUCCAGGGCCGGAGGGAGACGAAGCGCCCACGUCAAGAGGCCCAUGAACGCCUUCAUGGUCUGGGCCCAGGCGGCUCGCCGAAGACUGGCCGACCAAUACCCGCAGCUCCAUAACGCGGAGUUGUCCAAGACCCUCGGGAAACUGUGGAGGAUCUUGAGCGACGGCGAGAAGCAGCCCUUCGUCGAGGAGGCGGAGCGCCUGAGAAGCGCCCACAAGAAGCAGCAUCCGCACUACAAGUAUCAGCCGCGUCGGCGCAAGCCGAAGCCCGAGGAGCAGCUCGGCGUCCUGUCCCCCCGAGGGCCCCUCCAGGUGCCUCGCCGGGACGCGAUCUCGUCGUCGGACUGCGGAUACGGUCGGCUCUACCCCGAGGCGGGGAAGCCCUGCGACCGCCCCUCCGUUUAUCAGGACCCCGCCAAGUCUUUGGACCAGCCGAAGCCCUUCGAGGCCCUGCCCAAGUACGACCUUCCCGGGUUCUCCGGCAGGAACUACCCCAGCGGGAAGUGCCUGCAGGCGAAUCCGCAGAGAUUCGAGGGAGACCACGACCUGCCGCCCAGGUACUCCGAGGUGGCGGGACCCGUCACCAAGUCGUACACCUGCGUCCACGGCCAGUACUAUCCGCCCCAGGAGGGAUACCCCUGCGAGGAGGGCGAGUACCAGGCCCAGGGGGUCCCGGCUCGGUCCUUCUACCCUUACAUCUCCGCCUCCGUCGCGCAGCCUCCCUACUACAUGGACCCCCGAUAGGUCUUCGGCAGGUCCUCCGCCGUGGACGCGAUCGCUUAUCCCUACUUAUUUCGUUAACGUUCCCUGAGCAUAAACGGUACUUAAUGCCUGUACUUAAUUCAUUUACCGACCCAUUUAAGGCUCGGUAAUACGUACGCUUUAGGAUUAAGAUAUAUAUAUA